AUGACUCAUGGAGAAAGUUAUGCCAAAUGUAAUAAAGGUUUUGGAACUAAAGUUGGUGCUUGUAUUAUUGUUUAUUUGAACAAAAAAAUUGUAAGCAUAGGAUAUAAUGGAAUGCCUACUGUAUAUAGCGAUAACGACUUUUCAUGGGGUAAAAGUAAUUCAUCUGAAUUAGAAAAUAAAUUUAUUUAUGUAUGCCACGCUGAAAUGAAUGCUGUGUUUUAUAAAAGCUCUAUAAAUGUAAAAGGUUGUACCUACCCCAUACAUGUAUUGCUUUUUCUAUGCAUGGAAUGUGCGAAGAUAAUUAUUCAAUUGGGUAUCAAAAAUUUUGUGUAUUUUUUAGAUCCAAAAGAUGGUAAAAAUAAAAAUAAAUACGCUAAUAAAAUAUUUCUGGCAUCGGGUGUACAAAUCAGAAAUCACAUGCCAAAUCUGAAUAUCAUACUUGAUUUUUCAAAAACUACCUAA